AUGUUGUGGAACUGCCUGCUCACUGCUUGGGUAGCGACUGCCGUUUUGAUAGCAGCUCAAGAGCCAGAUCCGGAAGUCGACUGCAGUUCGGUAUCGUACGCAUUCUACUCCAUAGAGGACGAUUGCUCAAAGUUUGUGUUCUGUAACGAUGGAAAGGCAGAGGAAUUCAGCUGUCGUGUUGACGAAUAUUGGUCCCAACAGGCCGGUGCUUGCGUGUUUGGUGAUUCGGAAACCUGCCAAGACUGGAGCCCUGAAAUGGCUUGCAGCGGGAAAACUACGGGAAUAAAGGUCCCUUAUCCGAGCGAUUGCGGAAAAUUCGUCCUGUGCAGUGAAGAAGGAGACACAAUCCAGGAUUGCGAGCAGGGGUUAAUUUUCGAAAAUGACCGUUGUGUCGUUGGGAACUUGGAGGAUUGUGAAUCGUACGAGCCAAAGUGCGAUGGUAAAGAGAAUGAAAAGUUGGAGCAUCCCGAUCGGUGUGACGCCUUUCUAAAGUGUGGUGCAGAGGAGGUCACUUUGGAGUUUUGUCCUGAAGGUGCAAUAUUUCGGAAUGAUAUAAGGCGAUGCGUAUUGGGUGAUUUGGAGAAAUGUGAACCAUUGCCAAUCGCAGAGAUGUGCGAGAACCGAGUCAAUGAAACCUUAGUACAUCCCGACAGGUGUGAAUCAUUUGUGCAGUGCAAAGAAGGAGAAGAGCCAAGUGAGGAAGAUUGUCCUCGUGGAAAGAUCUUCAACUCGAGGAGCUUGAACUGUGAAGUGGGAGACUUGGACACUUGUGAACUGCUUGAUCAAGUGUGCGUCAUUGCUACUGUGGGUGAAAUGCUGGAGCACCCAAAUGGAUGCGAUAUGCAUAUAAUCUGCUUGCAAGGAGAAAUUCCGCAGUUAGGCUUUUGUCCGUUUGGAAGGAUAUGGCGCCAGGAUAUGAUGAUGUGUGUUCCUGGAAACCAAGCCAGUUGCGAUCGUGCAUCGUUCGAAAGUAUGUGUGAUGAUCAGCCCUAUGGGGUAAUAUAUCCCCAUCCGGAAGGUUGCUCAAUUUUAGUUAAGUGCACACUCCCCUAUGCUGUCGAGAUCCCCUGUCCAGCUCAUCAUAUCCUUCAACCUGGUACCUUGGAUUGCAUUUUGGGGGACCAAGAUAAAUGCAUAUCAUAUAACGACUUGUGCAUUGAUAAGCUGUACGAGAUAGUCGCUCUGCCCGACACCGACACCUGUGAUGCAUUCAUUUUUUGUCUGAACGAAAAUCCAGAACUACGUAAUUGUCCAAUAGGUGAUAUUUUUGAUGCUACACUAGGAAUAUGUUCACCUGGUAACAAUAACAAUUGUGAGUUAAUUGAGUGUAUCCAUCCUGACAGCGUUUCGAGGCAUCCAAACUUUUGCAACAUAUUCACACGCUGCAACAACGGUCAGAUAUCCACCCAAUUUUGUCCAUUCGAACACAUCUUCCACGAAACCAUGAAGCGGUGCACUCCGGGUAAUGCUAUGGAAUGCGUAUACGAUUCUUUGGAGGAAAUGUGCAAAGGUCGAUUCAAUGAUAUAGUGUAUCCUCAUCCAAGUACCGAUAACGAAUGUAUAGAAUACGUACUGUGCAUGGAUGGCGAGGCCAAUGUUAACGCCUGUCCAGAAGGAAUGGUCCUUCGACCGGAACAUCUAGACUGCGUGCCGGGCGUUGAAAAGGAUUGUCAAGUUCUCGAUAUUGUUUGCCAUGCUGAUGAGGAAUCAGAGAUCGUUCAUCCCGGUAGGUGCGACAUGAAGAUUAUCUGUAACAAUGGAACAUUUACAGUAGAAGCGUGCCCGUCAGGAGAAAUAGUACAUCCGGAUGAGCUGAGUUGUGUUCCAGGGAUCUGUGAAGAUCCAGCACCGGUCAAUGAAUGUUCCGGGAAACCGGAUGGUGUCUACGAAUAUUCCGACUGCAGCCGGUAUGUUGUCUGUACCAAUGAAGAACCGUCCAUCGAAGAUUGUCCCGCAAGAGAGAUCUUCCUUAGGACGGCACCGUUCUUUCACACCCUGACGGUUGUGAUCUGUUCGUCGAAUGCAAAGAACGCCUUGCCCACGCAAUAG